CCCAGAGGCGCGCAGACACAGCCGGGAGCACGGCGCUGGAGGGUCCUGCGCUGGGGCGGGAGGAAGAGGAGGAAGGAGAGGAGGAGGAGGAGGAGGAGGAGAAAGGAGAAGAGGAGGAGGAAAAGGAAGGCAACCAGGCAACCGCGAGGGGAGGAGGAACUGGCUGGCAAUGGCUGCUGUGGAGGCCGCCUUCCCCCCUGCCAACCUCACCGCCGUCAACCAGAGCGGCUGCGACGUGCACAACCACCAGGUCUCGGCCAAAGUCACCUUCUCGCUCUUCUACACCGCCCUGCUGGUGUUCGGCGCCUGCGGGAACAUCCUGGCCCUCUGCAUCACCUUCCAGCGCAGGAAGAAGAAGCUCAACUCCACCGACCUCUACCUGGUCAACCUGGCCCUGUCGGACGCCCUCUUCACGCUGGCGCUGCCGGGCAGGAUCGCCUACUACGUGCUGGAGUUCAACUGGCCCUUCGGGGACUGGUUCUGCCGGGCCACCGCCUUCAUUUUCUACAUGAACACCUACGUGGGCAUCUACUUCAUGACCUGCGUCAGCGUGGACCGCUACAUCGCCGUGGUGCGCAGCAGGCACCCCGGCAGGCUGCGGAGGAUGAGCCGCGCCAGGGCCGUCUGCGUCCUCAUCUGGUUCCUGGUGUUCCUGCAGACGGCGCCGCUGCUGCUGCGGCCCAUGACGCGGCGGAUGGGGGACAGGCUGACCUGCAUGGAGUACUUCAACUUCGAGGAGGUCCCCAAGCUGCCCUACCUGCUGCUGGCCGCCUGCGUGCUCGGCUUCUUCCUGCCCGUGGGCAUCAUCCUGGUGUGCUACGUGCGGAUCAACCUCAAGCUCUGCCAGACCGCCAAGGAGAACCCGCUGACGGUCAAGAACGGGCACCACCGCCGGGCCUUCACCGUCAUCCUGGUGGUGCUGCUGGCCGUCCUGCUCUGCUUCAGCCCCUACCACCUCAACAUCGUCCAGUUCAUGGUCAGGAAGAUCCUCUACCAGCCGUCCUGCCGCGAGCAGCAAGCCUUCAAGAUGUCCCUGCAGGUCACCGUGGCCUUCAUGAACCUCAACUGCUGCAUUGACCCCAUCAUCUACUUCUUCGCCUUCCGGGGCUACAAGCGGAGGCUGCUGCGCAUCUUCAGGAACAGCGGCUCCAUGGCCACCUCCUCCACCGCCAAGACCCCCUCCGAGAGCAACAGCAACAGCCAGCCCCAGGGCUCCAGCUCCGUCUAGAGGCACGGCCCCUCCUUUUCUCUCCGGCCGGCAGCGUACAGACCGUGCCCCGCAGCAGGACCCGCCCUGGCCGAGCCCCACCAGCUCUGCGGGGCACGAGGCCACCAACCCCACCUGCGGCUGCUGGCCUGGAGCAGAAGGGCCCCGUUCCCACCUCCGCCCCAGAGCACGCAGCCCGUGGUGGCCACGGGCAAUGCGCCCGUCCCUGCUUUUCUGCGUCGCUCUGUGGUGGGUGUGCUCCGGGGAGGGGGUGCAGGGUCCCUCGCAGCACUCUCCAGGAAACCUUCACCCCCGUGCUCCCCGCAGCCUGACGGGAACGGGGGAACGGGGCCUGGAGGUGGCCUCACGGGGCCUUCCCUUGGACCUGAGGGCCCUGCAGGCUGGCCAAGAGGGGUGCAUGAAGUAGCUGAGGUUGGGAAGCGUCUCCAGCGGGAUCUUCCCGGUCACCUGGGCCCUACUCAGAGCAGGUGGGACUGCAGGGCUGGCCUGAAGGCAGCCUGUGCCUGUAGGGCACGCCACAACGGCCGAGGAAGAGCUGGCGUGCAGAAAUUGAGGAGUAGCAGUGGUCUGAACGCUGCCAGGGAGCCUGGUGAAGGCCACCAGUCCAGCAGCCUGCUUGGAGCACCACCACCUCGAGCUCCAGGCCCGUGGUGCUAGACAUCAUCCCUGCCACCAAGGACGGACUUCUGAGGACACCAGGCUGGGGACAGCAGGACACAGAAGGGACGGGGAGGGAAGGGCUCGUUUGAUGGAGAAAGGAGGUGUUUGAUGGCCCGUGUCACCUGAACACGCUCUCCAAUCCGUGCAUGCUCCCCAGCUGCUGGUGCAGGAGCGUGAGCAGGGGGCAUUUCCCCAAAACCGUGUGUUCAUUGAAGAGAAAUGGGCGCAGCAGCGCACGUUCUCCACUCUUCAUUCAUCCCCCGACCCGAACUCCUCGCAGGAUGGCCCCCGGCGCCCUGCACGUUUCCUGCGGCUCCGCCUCGCGAGCGGCCUCGAUGAGAACAUCUCUCAUCCCUCCCCUUAUCAGCUCCUAUCGCUAACUGCACCGCUGCUGCCGCUGCUGCUCCCUUCCUGGCGUUCUCCCCGCUGCACAGGCGGCUGCAAUCAGCGCCGCGCUGCUGCCAUCAGAUGUGGGAUUCCUGCAGAGGAGCGCGAGCAGACACCUGUGCAGGGGCCAGAUAACAUCUGGGGAGCGGCGACCGCAGCUGGCGGGCAGGGAGCUGUUGUCGCUGCAGGGACGGGGACACCGCGGCCGCGCCCCGGCAGCGCAUCCUCUGCAACGCUGGGGCUCGCCGAAAGAGGGAGAGCCGAGACCUCGUCCAGGGCGAGCGGUAUUAAUAUUUCUGUAUUCAUAUUCUGAAGUCACCUGGAGCUGCUCCUGCUCAUCGCACGCUGUGCCAGAGUCUGCUUGAUGUAAUAAAUGCGGUGGUUGGGAAGGCUGGGGCAGCUGUGCAGCCUUCAUCAGCAUCACGGAUGGUUUUCCAAGCACAGUUCCUGCUGCGCCGUCUCGAUCCAGCCCAGGCUGCAGCCUUGUGACCUGGAGAGAAGGGAAAGUUGCUGGGUUUAUCCCGAGGCAGGGAGCACGCUCAUUUUGUGGUCGCAUGGCAGUGGUGGAUCUGCGCGGAGCUGUGCAGCCGGCAGGCCUACGUGAUGCAAAGUGAAAUUCCCUUUGUGUGCUGUGAGCCUGGCGGUUCAAAACCCCUCGUGAGUCAAAAUCCUCGCUGUGCCUGCUGGUGUGCCGUCCCUCUGCCCCAUCUCCGCAGGCCUCUCCUUCCUCCCCGGUGCGCUCCAUGUUGCUUCUGAACCCAUUGCUGAACCCUCUCCUUCCUCUCAGCUCCCCCUCUCCUUCGCUGAGCUCAGAAGCCCUUUACAGUCUCUGCUUAUUUCUGUUAAAGGCCAAAUCCUGCCUUCAGUUCAGCCACGAUCCCCGAAUUCUCCUCCUACUUCCGAAGCACCAAUAUUGCUGCUUUCUCCAACGCUGCCACUCAGGCUUGGCUACAGCCUCCUUAAAACAAGCGCAAGCCCCAAAAACUUCCAGUUUCCUCUUGGAAAGUCCUUUGCAAACAAUCACAUGCCAGCUGCUGGACGGCCACCUUGUGGAGAUUUCCACCACCUGCACCCACUCUCCAGGUCACCGCCGUCUGCUUCGUGCCCUGUGCUUGCACUGGAAGCUCUCGGUAGCGCGUAAGCUCUUUGAAUGUCCAUGAAAGGCUGUGUGUGCUUCCCCAAAGCGUCCUUUUGUAGGGCGGGAGGAGUGUAAUCCUCCUGAAAGUUAAAGCAAGCACAGCAUGCUCUGCAUAAGCACGUUUACCUGGAUAAUAAAACAGGCUCAUGCGUCUGCACAUAAACACA